UAAAAAAGUUCUCUCCGUUAAAUCUUUUUGAUAUUACAAUGUCGGAAGAAUUUCAAGAAUCAGACAUUAUAUUUUCCGACAAAUUCAUAAUCCCAGAGUAUAACCGGAUAACUAAACACUCUAACACCAGAAAAAAGGAGAAGAGCACAAAACGGCGGGAUACGGCGGAGAAAACGUCUCCGGUGAGAAUUCCGGCGAGUAAUUUCCGGUGUACGGGAUGGGAAACGAUGGAGGAGGAAGAGGAUAAGACUCCUCCGCAUAUAAUAAUCGAAAGAAGAAUGAAAGAGCAACUUGCGUUUUCCGUUUGUACUCUCAAAGGAAGAGACUUGAGUCGUCACCGGAACUCCGUUCUUAGAAUGACCGGUUUUUUGGAAGCUUGAUUUUACUUAACCGACCGGUUCAGUUUGCUCUUUUUUAAUUAAUUGACCGGUUUUUAUGUCGAGAUUUGUUUUUGUUUUUUUUUUAGUUUGUUUCGGGUGUGUAUUUGGAUGGAACUGGAAUCCCCCGACAUGUAUUGUAAUUUUAGCUAUUACUCUUUUUAAUUAUUUUAGUGUUUUGAGUAAUUUUAGCUAUUACUCUUUUUUUUUUUCUUAUCAAGGUUGCCAAUUUGUUUGA